AUGUUAUCUAUCAAAGAAUUCGCUCAUUUAGGCCAUAUUCCGGUUUAUAGAAAGGAUUAUAAAUUAAUGAGGAUACAUUUGGUAAUAAAGUAGUCAUUAAAUUAGAUGGAUUAUUUUUAAUUGUCAAUAUAAAGUCAUUAAGGAUGCACCUUUUCGUUUUCUAUAUUAUUAUUCGAUAUAUAUUUGAUUGCAUAUGCAAAAAAUGAUUAACUUAUUUUUAUAAUAAUCAUAUCUAGAGUUUACUACUCAUGA